AGGCUGGGGAUAUAGGUCAGUGAUAGAGCACUUCAGGGUUCAAUCUCUAGUACUGAAAAAUAAAACAAACCAAAGCGAAUUUGGAUUGUGUAGCUAUUGCCAAAGUCCACAGUGAUGUUCCUCUUGCUAAAUCUUUAAUACCUUUAUUUUAUUUUAUUUUUGUGUGGUGCCCAACACCUUGCAUGUGCUAGGUGAGUGCUCUACGGCUGAGCCACAACCCCAGCCCUCAUCUUGCUAAACCAAAUAGUCACCUCUCCUUUCUCUCCUGAAAUGAAGGAGAGAAGUGCUGGAGUGGGGUUAACCACACGGGCAGGGACGGCCCCACCUGAGCCAGGUUAGGCAGACAGGGAGCAGCCAAUGAGAAGUCCUGGGGCAGCAGUGGGCCUGGCCAGUUGAGGAUCUGCACACUUGAAGGCCAGUAUGAGUGUGGCAGAACGAGGGAAGGGGACAGUAGGGGAGGUGGGUCUGAGAGAAGAUGGGACUGGUGGUGAACAGAGGAGACAGGAUGCUCAGGAGCCUGUGAGGCUGAGUCAUGCAGGCCCUGGAGGUGCACUUUGAAUUACAUCUUGGGUGUCCUGGAAGGUUUGAGACAGAGAAGUGAUCAGAUGAGUAAUUUAGAUGACCCUGAGACGCUCACAGAAUGUUCUGUAGGGGACAGGAAAGGAAACAAGGAGAGUGACAGAGGGACUGAUGCAGUGGCCAAGGCCAGGGACGCUGAGGCUUCUCUGGGAUGAAGACAAGAGGGAGGGAGAGGAAUGGACAGAGCGGAGAUGUUUUCAGAACCAAAUGGCAGGAUUGGGAUUCAAGAGCCCCUGCUUGCUCAAUGCCACGGGGAAGUGUUCCUGUUCCCUUCAGACAGGCCAGGGUGGACCUGGGGAGGAGCCAGGACUCCAGCACCCAGGAACUUGCCUUUAAGGUCUCUUAUUAGUCACCCCAACUUCAGACUCCAGGGACUGCCCCCUGAAGUGGGAUCUGUCCCCUGCCUUGAAUUUGGGCCCUCUGACUCUAGUACAAUACAAUGGAACUGAUGACGAGCCAGGUUUUAUUUUAAGCCCUGGCCUUAAGACACUGGCAGCGUCUACUUUCAGUCUCUUGGGACACUCACCCUGGGAACCCAGGCACCACGCUGGAGGAAGCCAAGCAGCCACGUGGAGAAGCCUCGCAGAGCUGUCCCAGCUGACAUCUCCAGCUGAGGUUCCAGGCAAGUGAAGCCGAGGGUGGACUCCAAACCUUGGAGAAGAAGAAAGAGGAGGAGGAAGAGGAGAAGGAGGUGGCAGAGUCAGCGUGCCUGUGGGAGCAAGAGCAAGAGGAGGCAACUGUGGAGGCGUGCUUUGGAGACAACGCUCCAAACUUUCCUGGGACUGGGACUUUGCUGUCUCUGAGGACGAAAGCUCAGGACAAGGGGCCCGUGGAGAACAAACUAGAGUUGCACCCCCUGCAGAACAGGUGGGUUCUAUGGUUCUUCAAGAAUGACCGUAGCAGGGCUUGGCAAGAUAAUCUGCAUAUGGUCACCAAGGUUGACACCGUGGAGGAUUUCUGGGCGAUGUACAGUCAUAUCAAGCUGGCUAGUAAGCUCUCUUCUGGCUGUGACUACGCCAUGUUCAAGGAUGGCAUUAAGCCCAUGUGGGAAGACAGCAGGAAUAAGCGGGGUGGCCGCUGGCUGGUCAGUCUCUCCAAGCAGCAGCGCCACAUUGAUCUGGAUCGUCUGUGGCUGGAGACAUUGCUGUGUCUGAUUGGGGAGAGCUUUGAGGAACACAGCACCGAGGUGUGUGGGGCUGUCAUCAACAUCCGUACCAAGGGUGACAAGAUUGCUGUGUGGACGAGGGAGGCUGAGAACGAGGCCAGCGUCUUGCACAUUGGGCAUGUGUACAAAGAGCGCUUGGGUCUUUCCAUGAAGACCAUCAUUGGGUACCAGGCCCAUGUAGACGCGGCCACCAAGAGCAACUCCCUUGCCAAGAACAAGUUUAUGGUGUGAGGGGGUCUUGGCAUCACUCUGUCAUGUGGGGCCACCACCUCAUAAGCCUCAUCGCUGUGGUGUAUGCAGGACUACACCAUUGAUCCUGGGCUGGGGGAGGGGGCAGACAGCGUGAUUUUUACAUAUUCUGGAGUGCAUAUGAACACUUUUUUCUUUUAUUUUUUUGAGAUGAGACCUUUCUAUGUUGCCUAGCUUAGCCUUAAACUCCUGGGUUCAAACAAUCCUCCCACUUCAGCCUUCCCAGCAGCUGGAACUACUGGUGCUUACACCAUGCCUGGGUUCAUACAAAUACUCUAACAGGUAUUAGGCCCAGGCCCAGGGGCAGCUAGGUGGAAAAGUUUGAGUCCUUCUUUUUGCCUGGGGACAGUGCAGCAGCAAGGUGCAAGAAUCUCUUGGGUUUCCUUCUUUUACCUGGGGGUGGGAAUAUGGGGUGGUCUUGGUAGGGGGCUUGAUGACAAGAUGACAGGAGAAUUCUAUGGGUCCAGUACUUAAUCUGUGCCCACUGGGAAGGGUACUAGGUGGCCUGAGGGGGCAGCCUUUUCCAUUUUGAUGGAGGGGCUGGAGACCACUGAUAUGCUGAGAGUGGGAGUUCAGAGAUGGAGUGUCUCCUCUUUGUGAUGAGUCUCAUUGGAUCUGUCAGUGCCCUUCCUGUAUCCUGUCCCUUCCCUAGAUCACCUGUGCUUGGGUCCCUGGAGUGGGGCAGCCCUUCCUGCCCCCCACUUCAAGUGUCGGAAGGCUAGAGGGAGAACCCAGCUAUUUGUGUGUAUAUAUAUGUAUAUAGAGAGGUGGAUGCUGAGAACUGAGAAGCCCUCCAUGGCUUCUCACCUUCAGCCAGUGGAGUCUGCUUUGCCUGAUUUAGGCCCAGGCCCUAGGACAGGAGCUUGAUGGUAGUGGACGCCCUGCUCUAGUUUUAUUAGAGGUGGAUUCACCUGAAGAUGAUGAAGCUUAAGUUAGGUACUUGUUCUAAAUAAAUACUUCUUAACGAACUUGGAA